GACUACUAAUGUGCAUGUCAACUGAACAAGUCCUCGGUGUACAAAAAUACUUGUCAACCGCAACAAUGUUUUAUUACUAAGUGCAAAGUGAACUUUUCAGACUUAACAGAAGUAAGUAAAGAUAAAAACCAAAGCAAUGUGAUAUGAUGUGAUGCAUAAGAGAUAAUAUAAUUUAUACUAUGUUCAGUGGAGAGAAAAGCCUGACUUAUUUCAAAUAGUAUGACAGCAAAUGGAUUUUCUUUUGUGAACAAAACCAAAACUGAUUUGUGUCUUUCUAGGCAAUUAUUGGGGAGAAAACCAAAUAUUGUCAAAUCAGAUUUUGAAAUCAUACAAUUCAUUCCUGUGACCUGUAUGGUGUUGACAAGUUGAUAAAUGAAUAUAUCAUUCUAAGUAAAGAAAACAGCUCUGGACUAAUCCCUUUUUCCAUUUUGUUGAUAAAGCCAGCUAUAAUCUCUUCAGGAUUGUUCAAAAGAAAGCUGUGAUAUAGAUGAAUUGAAGCUACCUGACAUUUUAUUCUCAAUUGACUUCACCGAGGAAAUUAUUUGAUUAUUUACUAAAAGGGAUGCAGUUCCAAGUGCUGCAAAUGUAAAUAACACCAAAUACAACCUAAAUGCAAUAAUUCCUGAUUGCAUAGAUUUUAAAAGCAAUUGUCAGUGUGCUAGUGCUAUAAAUUAGGAAUGCUAAGAAAAUAAAAUUAUAAAUCAAAUAUAGCGCAUGGUAAAUUUAUCUUUGUUAAAAUAACAAGAAACUUUCUGACUAACAGUACCAUGAAGUUUAAAGCCUCUAUUACUUUUUAAAACCUUGAAGUAAUUUUUAAAAGGUAAAAUAAUAACCUGUAAUUUUUGUGAAUACUUGGUGGGGGCGGUGAUUUUUAUUUUUUUUAAAUUAUUCCCCCUUUUUGACACAUUUUACAAAAUAAUAAAUAUUUUGGUCAAAUUCUCAUGAAAUGUUCUAAAUCAUGCAUAUGAUAUAAGAAAAUGAAUUUGCUUUCUAAAUAAACAUUUUAUUAAAUAAUUUUAUGUGGUUUUUUUUUUUCCUUCUUUGCAUGUGAUCACCAAUUUUAAAAAAAAACAUUUUAAUUUUUUUUAAAAUUGCAUUAUUUUUUUCACAACUUUUAAGUAUUGACUUUAUGUGUUUGAAAACAAAUAUUUUUAGAAACCUCAUGCAUCUCCCCACAAUAAUAUAUAUAACAUCAUGAACUUUAGACAAGGAUUCUAAAAGUUAUUGACUCUUUUUUAAGGUCACUAGAAAUCUCAUGAGAAACUUGCAAAAUUAAAGGAAUGUAAAGAGUUAUGACUUGUAUGUUGCAGCUCACCUAAAACUUGCAUGUUACAGCUCACUAAGACUUGUAUGUUACAGCUCACUUAAAACUUGCAUGUUACAGCGCCUUGAGGAUGUCAUGUCUCUGCUUGAUGCUCUGGGUGUCUGGGACACAGAAGCUAUGGUUGCCUGGACAGAGAUGGUCCACAGAGUGUUCUCAGUGCUGCUAGCAUUCUCGAAGCAACCAGAUCUGGAGGUAUACAAUUAUUGUCUCAUUUCAUUGAUAGCAUGACUAGGAGUUGAUGAUUGGUAUUUGGUGUUGAUAUAUGGGGUAGAUAUUAGGUAUUUGGGGUUGAUGCUGGGUAUUUUGGAUUGUUACUUGAUAUUAGGGUUGACUUGUUGGCUGUGUGGUCAGUACCGAUUCAGAGCAAAUGAAAACAAAAAUCCAAACACCUUGUGUGAAUAGGUCUCAGAGACACAUGUUGCGGCACUUCACCAUCGUCGUCUCAAUGAGAGGGACGGAUGACUAUCAAGUUGUAGAGAAAAAAAAAGUAAUGUCAAAUCUUUGGAUGAUUGAAUCAUCUAUAUAAGUAUCAUUGAGUAAAAUCUUAUUAAGUUUCAAUUCAUGCUUCAGUUUAUUCUCCGCUGUUCAUUUUGACCUUUAUUUCACAGCUGGUAUCCUCGUCAACUGUCAGGCUGCACUCCCUCGUCCAAACCAAGCUCAUCAGCAGCUCGGCCGAAGCUUCCUACAUCCUGGGGGGGUCUUGAACUCAAUGAUCAUUGAGUCCAUUGAAGGUACUUAUUAGUUACUUCACUUGCGUAACAAAUUUAGGUACAUCACUAUUCAGCUUUGUUUCUAUUACCCCCAAAACGCAACUUUUUUCAUUUAUCCCACAAUAUUAGAUAUCCUACUAUUCAAAAUAAUAUCGGAACAAAACUAUUCAAAUUUCAAAACAAUAUCAGAUACCCGACUGUUAAACAUCUAUUAACAAAAUUCAUCUCAAUGUUACAGAGAACUGAAUAAGCACUUGCACCUCAUGGAACCUGACUAUUUAAUGCAUUGAUUUCCCUAGCCAACUCAGACAACUAUGCCUACCUGAUGCCUGUGUUGAGAGCUUUGAUUGAGAAAGGUCAAGAACUCUUGACCACCAGCAUUCAUCUCCCUCAUCUUCCCAAGUCAUCCAUGAGUCCCACAUUUUUUGAUGACUUCAAGACAUAUGUGUACAGUGAUGAAUGGCAGACGUUCAUAAAGAGCUAUGUGAGUAUGUGCACAAUUGGAAGACAUUCAUAGAGAGUGUGUCCAGUGAUGAAUUGUAGACAUACGUGGAAUAUGUGUACAUUGGCAGACAUUCAUAGGAUGUGUGUUCAGUGAUGAGUAGACAUACAUGGAAUAUGUGUACAUGGCAGACAUAGAAUGUGUGUCCAGUGAUGAGUAGACAUACAUGGCAUAUGUGUACAUUGGCAGACAUUCAUAGAAUGUGUGUACAGUGAUGAAUGGUAGACAUUCAUAGAAAGUAUGUGUGCAGUGAUGAAUGGCAGACAUUUAUAAAUGUAUGUGUGCAGUGAUGAAUGGCAGACAUUUGUAGAAAGUAUGUGUGCAGUGAUGAAUGUCAGACAUUCAUAGAAUGUGUGUGCAGUGGUGAAUGGCAGACAUUCAUAGAAAAUGUAUGCAGUGAUGAAUGGCAUACAUUUGUAGAAUAUUUUUUUACAGUGACGACUAGCGUCAUAUAAUUGUUGUCGUGGUUCUUGUAGGUUGGACCCCAAAUGACCCACUUCAUUGAGAUGAACUUUGAGGAGAGUGUUCAGACCAUGAUCCACUUCUGGUCAGACUGUCAUGAGGAGAUGAUGAUGAACCAUCACAAACACAACAGUGAGAUUGGGGAGAGCAGGCUCAGAUUUAAGGUAAGUUGGUAAAGUAAACACUAGCCCAGUUUUUGCUCAAUCAUUUUUUUGCCCCAUCACCCGAGCUGAGCGCCUAAAACAAAAACAUAAACACCCUAUCCUGUCCGUCCCUUUGCUCUGACACAGUUUAAUUUGUUUGUCCAAAUAAAAUUAUACAAUAGAUUUGUCUACCUCCUUGCACAAUGUCUGCGCAUGUAUCGGGCCAUGCAUACUAAUUACUAAUCACAGACAUGAAUUAUUCAUCACUUCAUAAUCACUAUUGACUCUGUGGGCAAGAUCCACCAAAGUUGCGGGCUGAAUGUGGUCCGCUGGAUACAGUUUGCCAAGCCACAUUUGUAGAAUAAAACUGACAGCAAGUGCCAUGUGUUUGGAAAUCAAGCCAUUACAAAUAAAGGCAGGGAUUAGGCAGGGAGUAACUUUUAAAAGUAUACUGUCUGCCCCCCUCCCCUUUUCUUCCCUUUUUUAAUUGGUUCUUUCUCAGCGAUUAAAUAAUAUGCUUCCCCCCCCCCUUUUCGGAGCAUAUACCCUCACACAGGGAGACAUUGCUUUAGCGGAUGAUCAUUAUUAUGUCAAAUAAUGAUAUUUAUUGAAAACCAAACAAAUGUUGAUUAACAUAACAACUGAAAAUAUCAACUGCAAGUAUCAACUAGCAUUGACACAAAGAAAGGAAAACUGUUUUUUUUUUACAUUUUACAUAAAAUAAUCAAAGAGAAUAUGGACAGAAAUCAAUCAGACAAAUGGUCCAAAAUAACAAAUUGCAAUAUGAACAUGGGAGAGAUUUGUUUUUUUCCCUUGGCUACUGGUUGGAUGUUGGAAUGGAACAAUUGUUGCCACUACUGGUUGGAUGUUGGAAUGGAACAAUUGUUUCCACCACUGGUUGGAUGUGGGAAUGGAACAAUUUUUGCCACCACUGGUUGGAUGUUGGAAUGGAACAAUUGUUGCCACCACUGGUUGGAUGUGGGAAUGGAACAAUUUUUGCCACCACUGGUUGGAUGUUGGAAUGGAACAAUUGUUGCCACCACUGGUUGGAUGUGGGAAUGGAACAAUUGUUGCCACCACUGGUUGGAUGUGCCACCACUGGUAUGAUGUGGGAAUGGAACAAUUGUUGCCACCACCGUUUGGAUGUGGAAAUGGAACAAUUGUUGCCACCACUGGUUGGAUGUUGGAAUGGAACAAUGGCACUGCUAUUUUAAGUUGAUGACUUUUAAAGCACUGAAUGAGUAUUCAAGGUUUAUUUUUGUUUAAAAUAUUAAGUAAAGAACCGAUUCUAUCUGUGGUCAUAUGAUGCAUAUGUUUAACCACAGAACCAGAUAGAGACUGAGUAUCGUAAGAAAGUAGACCACGAGAACAGAAGGUUCCAGAACGUGAUGGCACAGGAAAAAAAUCAGCACCUGUUUUCACUGAGACAGUGGAGGGCCACGAAGAGAUUCUUCAAUGGCAAAAGAGGGGCUUGGAAGAACAAGUAAGUUACUUAGUCUGGUCUAGUGACUCACAUUGUUUGAAUGGUCUCAGUCAGGGUCUGCCACCUUUUUGGACUGAGGAGCCACUUUUAUAAAGUAUAUCUGCAGAGCAAAUAUUUUGGGACUGCUGGUCUUGGUUGAAUAUUUACAUUUUAAGUUGCCCAAACAGAUAUUUUUCUUAGUGAGGUAACUUUAUAUUCUAGAAGGUCAUGUGAAUCGGUAGACAACUCUAACUUAUAAAAACAUUUGUUGUGUGCCCCUGUUUUCUCCAGACAUCAACAAGUGGUCCACUGGAAACUGUCUAACCAAGAAAACUUCCAGCGCAUGAAAGUAAAACUGACCCAGAACUACAAUUUUGAUAGUCACAUUUUGA